GUCUUCGGUAAGCUCUCGCCGCAAUCACCGUGCUUCUUUUGAAGGAGUGGGCAGCGAUGAGAAGCAGACCAUUGCAGGCAUUCUACACUCUAUUUCAGUAGAAAUUUAUUGAUAAAUUACCUGAUCGGUCGGAGCUGUACCAGAUCUCGCAUCGCUUCUUUCUCGCGUGAAUGGAGAUGAGCGCAGAGCCGGCCUCCAACGGCGACACCUCCGCCGCCGUCGCCUUAACCACUCCUGUCUUCACGCCGGCGGAAGCGGCUCAGGCGGCGAAGAACCCCGUGCAAACGGUGGAAUCAAUCAAACUAGAGCACCAGUUCCUCCGCGUGCCCCUUGAGCACUUGAAAAAGACGAUACGAGCCAACCAUCGUUAUGCGGAGAAGGAGGUGGCUGCCGUUCUUUCCGGAGUGGCCGAGGUAGCGGACCGCGAUGAUAUUUCGAGGGAGGAGGCCGUCAGCCAACUCUCAUCACUCGUUUCCAGGCUUCAAGGCCUCAAGCGUAAGCUAGAGGAUGGGUGUGCGUCUGAGGACUUGCAGGCGCAGAGAUGCCGUGCGAGGCUGGAGCACUUGGAGGGUAUUGAUGCAGAUAAUAUCGAUGAGUGGAGCAAUACUAGGUUGAAGCGUAUCCUAGUGGAUUACAUGCUGCGCAUGUCGUACUAUGAGUCUGCUAAAAUGCUUGCGGAGAGUAGCAAUAUAUACGAUCUUGUUGAUAUUGAUGUCUUCAUUGAGGCCAAACGGGUGAUAGUUUCUCUUCAAAACAAGGAAGUAGGACCUGCUUUAAUUUGGUGCUCGGAGAACAAGUCUAGAUUGAAGAAAUUCAAGAGCAGGUUUGAAUUCCUGUUGAGGCAUCAGGAGUUUAUCGAACUUGUAAGGCUCGAUGAAAGCUUGAAAGCAAUUGCAUAUGCACGGAAGUUUCUUGCACCCUGGGCAGCCACCCAUAUGAAAGAACUGCAACGUGCUAUGGCCACUUUGGCUUUCAGAAGUAAUACUGAAUGUGCACCUUACAGUGUUUUGUUUGAGGCAAAGCAAUGGGAUCAUCUUGUUGAGCAAUUCAAACAGGAAUUUUAUAAAUUAUUUGGCAUGACCGUUGAGCCCUUGUUGAACAUCUAUCUGCAGGCAGGCUUGUCAGCUCUGAAGACCCCAUUCUGCUAUGAGGAGGGCUGCCCUAAAGAAGACCCACUGUCACAGGAAAGCUUUCGUAAACUUGCAGAACCACUACCAUUCUCAAAGCAACACCAUUCUAAACUAGUCUGUUAUAUAACCAGAGAGGUUAUGGAUUCAGAGAACCCACCCCUUGUAUUACCAAAUGGCUAUGUUUACAGCACAAAGGCUCUUGAAGAAAUGGCCAAGAAGAACAAUGGCAACAUCACAUGCCCUCGAACUGGCUAUGUUUGCAGCUACGCUGAUUUAGUGAAGGCCUACAUCUCUUGAACUGUGCAGAACUCGUCCUCCUUACAGGAAGAUUUCUUUGUUGUACAAAGCAUACUAUGUAAGAUUAUUUUAUGGCCCUUUGCCUCUGUAAUUUACACUGCAGCUUAAAUAAGAAAUACUGUUUGGUUGAUUACUAUUUGAAAUCAACUGGCACUGAAUUUAGCUGCUCAAUCACAUUUUAGAUGUUGGUCUCAA